CUCACCAGUUGUGCCGCCACCGCCUCGUGCUCCGGCUGCACCGCGCUGCCCUGUGCCCUCCACACUGCAAGUGCACGCGAAGUGCACGCGAAGUGCUCCACGUCCAUCAGAGUGCGUGGCUCCACCAAGCAGCCCGCCACCCGCACUGGCCUAGCCCAGCGUCGCCAACCGCCUAUGAUGGUGAUGCGAGACGGUCGGACAAAAGUGUUAUUCACCUGCUACUUCGAGUGCCUCAUUUGACUGGCCGGCCCCCGGCAGUGACACGCCAGUGACACGCCAGUGACAAGUCAGUGACAAGUCAGUGACAGUGAAGAACAGGGGGAAGGACCAGGAGGAGGAGGAGGAGGAGGCGGAGGAGAAGAAGAGGCAGCCGAAGAUCGAUCAUCGACGGCUGCAGGCAGCUCGCCCCAGACUCCGUGCACGCCGUGUUGCUGCACGUCCAUUUGACGGCGUGCGGAGCCUAGCGCGGGCCACCCCUCAGGGCGUCCCUUCUGGGCACUAGGGCAAACCCUUCAGGGCAAACCCUUCAGGGCCAACCCUUCAGGGCCAACCCUUCAGGGCCACCUCCGGCGACAUGUUGAUGAAAAAAUGGCGCCAACACCUUGCUGCCAUUCUUGCCAACCACACGACCUUGGUGGCGGGACUGGUGCUGGGCUGGACGUCGCCCGCGCUGCCGGGCCUCAACCUCACCAACGACCAGGAGUCCUGGGUGGGCUCGCUGGCGCUGCUGGGCGCGCUGCUGGGCGCCGUGCCGGCGGGCUGCCUCACGGACCGCUUCGGCCGGAAGAGGUUCCUGCUCUCGCUGUCCCUGCCCUUCAUCCUGGGCUGGGGGCUCAUCGUGGCCGCGCUGUGGGUCGACACGAAGGCUGACGUGUGGAUGCUGUACGCGGGCCGCCUGAUCUGCGGGCUGGCGGUGGGCGCCACCACGGUGGCCGUGCCGCUCUACACCAACGAGAUCGCCGAGGACAAGGUGCGGGGCGCGCUGGGCGUGUACCUGGACAUGAUGCUGACGACGGGCAUCCUUGUGGUGUACUGCCUGGGGGCGGCCUUCGACGCGCUGUGGCUGUCGGCCAUCUGCGCCGCCACCAGCCCCGUGCUGGCCGUCGCCUUCCUCUUCAUGCCCGAGUCCCCCACGUACCUACUGGCUGACGGCAAGCCCGAGAAGAGCGAGAACGCGCUGCGAUGGCUGAGGGUGCGGCGCGCGGACGACACCGAGAUCCAGCUGGAGCUGGCGCGCAUCCGCUCCAUCGUGGAGUCGGGCGCGCAGGGCGGCGGCCCCCACGCCAACGGCCACCCCAACGGCGUCCCCGGCGUGGCCAACGGGCUGGUCUCGGACAAGGAGGUGGCGGCGGCCGAGUGCGGCGCGUCGCAGGGGCUGACGGCCACGCCGGCCGUGGCCGUGGCCGGCGACGACAUGAAGUCGGCCCUGCGGAAGGUGGUGGACCACGUGGCGUGCCGGACGCCCACCGGCAAGGCCUUCUUCAUCGUCAUGGGGCUCAUGACCUUCAUGCAGCUCAGCGGCAUCGACGCCGUCAUCUUCUACCUCGGCGAGAUCUUCAGAGACGCCGGCAGCACCAUGUCGCCGCUGUACGCGUCCAUCGUGGUGGGCUUCGUGCAGGUGGUGGCCAACGUGUCCUCGGCCAUCGCCGUGGACCGCGUGGGCCGCCGCGUGCUGCUCAUCCUGUCCGAGGCCCUCAUGGCGGCCUCCCUCGCCUCGCUGGCCCUCUACUUCCACCUGCGGGACGACCGCCACAUCAACGUGUCGGCGGAGUACGGCUGGGUGCCCAUCGUGGCGCUGUCCGUGUUCGUGUGGGUGUUCGCCUUCGGCAUCGGCUCGCUGCCCUGGUUCAUGAUGGCCGAGCUGCUGCCCACCGAGGCGCAGGACUGGGGCUCCUCGUCCGCCAUCUGCCUCAACUGGUCGCUGGGCUUCCUGGUCACCAACGUCUUCGGCUCCAUGAUCCGCGACAUGGGCGCGGCCGCCACGUACGGCGUCUUCUGCAGCAUCUGCGUGCUGGGCACGCUCUUCAUGGCCUUCCUGGUGCCCGAGACCAAGGGCCGGUCGCCCGACGAGAUCCAGCGCCUGCUCGAACUGCCCACCCGGCAGCUCGGCACCCGCAGCGCCCUCAAGAAGAAGGACAAGUCCAACAAGACCAGUAAGGUGUAGCCUGUCGGCCUGUCCGCCUGCUGGGUAGGCCUCCCUUCAUACUGCCCCGCCGCCCCGCCGCUGUGUAGGGCGCUCCGACGCCCGGCAGUGCUGCCAAAGGAGUCGGCGAAAAUGGCCCACGAGGCGCCAGUGCCGACAGGGGUGCCAACCCCAACCUGCCUUGGUCGGCAGGACUGCCUUUUGGCGGCACUGGUGCGUCGUGGGCAAUUUUUGCUUCUUUAAGUGGCAUCACUGGAGUCGGCGCCGCUGCUCGCGCCAGCUGCCUGAACCGAGUCAGAAACUGUCAAGGAGGCCAGCACCUUCCCCCGCGCUGUCCGGUCUCGAACCUUGUUGCUGCGAACAGUUGCAGCGUGUCAGGCCUGACCCAGGCAAUGUACAUUUCUUUGUGAGUACUGUAUUGUUUGACUUGGAUUCGUGACGCAUUUCGUUUUGUACCCGAUGUAUGUACCUCGUCACACCGAGCCAGCCUCCGCUUGCAGCAGGACUGCAGCGUCGAACAUGUGCCGUAAAGUGAAGACAAAGUCGCCCAGAUACCAUGUCUGUGAAUGUUGAGUAGGCGGAUGUAUGUGCGCGUGUAAAAGUGUAUAUAUGUAAUCAUGCAUGUGUGAGUGAGUGUGUGAGUGAAGCGUUUGUGUGUCCGUGCGUAUGUGUCUGCGUGCGAGUCAGAUUUGACGAUAUUAUUUGAUAAAAUGCUAAGUAUGUGUUAGUCUGCGUGGCAUCCUGUGGUUUCCACGACUAAAUGUUAAAAUAACAUUACUAUUGUCAUGCUGGGCCAAAGACCCUGGGCUGUUAAUCAUUUUGUUGAGUUUUGUGAUUAUUUAACAGUAUUGGUACGCACCGUGGUUUAUCCUUUACAUUCAUAACAUCCAUGAUUUCGUCUUUCAUUCCCCACAUUCACCAUUCUCCCCCACGCGUCGUUUAACUUUAUUCAUUUGUUGUAGGAUUUAAAGAAAAUAACACUUUGAAACCGUUAUUUGUGUUUCUUUAGCGGAAGGAUUGGUGUCGCCUGUGAAGUUUCAGCCAUGUAACAAUUUGCACAAAAAAGACAAUACAUAUUUUACAUAUCGUUGCACUUUGCGCAACAAAAACAACUAGAUUUGCCCUUUGUUUAGAGACUUUUUGAAUGACUCCUAUUAAAAAUAUUUUUAAUAACAAUAUUAGCAGUACCAUAACUUGUGGGAAGGCCGUGCGCCCGUGUGCAACUCCAUUUGUACUCCUAUGCAAAUUUAGAAAUGUGAUGCUAGUUUAUGUUUACAAGUAGAAUUUAUAUCAAAUUAUAUCUAUAUGUUAAUAAUAAAAUAAGAGACUAUUUUUGUUGAAUGCUUUUAUAGAUGAUCUGACUAUUGACGCCGGAAACAUUGUAAAUCCAUACGGUGGCAGAGCAAAAUUCGUUUCUUCUUGGCCUCCACUUUAAAGAAGUUAAAUUUUUCUUUUAGGAGCACAGAAACAUGUUCCCUAAAAGCAUUCCUUUGCUCUGCACUCAUAAAUCAUUCCACGUAUUGUGUAUUCCAUCCGCCUUCAUUGAACUGUGUACCACAUUGUGAUGUAGCUUGUAAACACGCAAAAUAAACAUCGUUUGCAAUGUCCA